AGUUGGUUUCAGUUCUCGUUCGACUCGCUCGUGAAACGGUCGCUUUUUGCCUCUAAAAAAUAUUUAUAUUUACGUAUCUGUCUGCUGUGCGGUAUUGUGUUAGUUGUCAUUGUUAUUAAACGGUCGCCGGUUCAGUUCUAAAGGAAAGAAGAUAAAAGAACAAAAUAAUAAGCAAACUAGCAUAACUAAAAAGAGAAAUUUCUUGAUAACAAAGUCACAAACAUGUCAGCCAAAGCCAUUUCCGAAGCCACUGGCAAAGAUAUAUUGAAUCGUUUUUUGAAUGUGAAUGGUGCUUCCGGUGCGGCACAAUGUCGUUUUGCAACAGUCAACACUCAAACGGAUUGGUCGCAAUUGACCGUACAGAACCCUUGGCUGCUGGACACGCCACUAGUUGUGAAACCGGAUCAAUUGAUUAAGCGACGUGGUAAAUUGGGUUUAAUCGGUGUUAAGAAGAAUUACGAGCAAGUCAAACAAUGGAUUGGCGAACGCAUUAAUAAGGAUCAGAAGAUCGGCAAUGCUGUGGGCAAAUUGCGUAAUUUCAUUAUUGAACCGUUUGUGCCACAUGAUGAGUCCGAAGAGAUGUAUGUUUGUAUCUAUUCUCAUCGCAACGCCGAUACGAUUCUCUUCUACCAUCAAGGCGGUGUUGAUAUUGGUGAUGUUGACGCAAAGGCGUUGAAAUUAGACGUGCAGAUAAACAGUGAAACCUCCGUUGAGGAAAUUACAACGAAAUUGUUGGUGCAUGUCGCCGAUGCUUCCAAGAAGAAACGUAUCGCUAAUUUCAUAAACGCUCUGUACCGAGCUUAUGUUGAUCUUUACUUUACGUACUUGGAAAUCAAUCCAUUGGUUGUGACCAAAGAUAGUAUGUAUAUUUUGGACUUGGCUGCUAAACUAGACUCUACAGCCGAUUUUAUUUGCCGUCCGAAGUGGGGAAAUGUUGAAUAUCCACCACCAUUCGGCCGUGAUGCAUAUCCAGAAGAGGCCUACAUAGCCGAUUUGGAUGCGAAGAGUGGCGCUUCAUUGAAGCUUACAAUUCUCAAUCGUAAUGGCCGCAUUUGGACUAUGGUGGCCGGUGGUGGUGCCAGUGUUAUUUACUCCGAUACAAUUUGUGAUUUGGGUGGAUCCUCCGAAUUGGCCAACUACGGUGAAUACAGUGGUGCACCAUCUGAACAGCAAACUUAUGAAUAUGCCAAAACCAUUUUAACACUCAUGACUUCGUCACCAAAACAUCCAGAAGGAAAAGUGCUCAUCACUGGCGGUGGUAUUGCUAAUUUCACAAAUGUUGCUUCAACCUUCCGUGGCAUAAUCACGGCCUUGCGUGAAUUCCAACCCAAACUGGUUGAACACAAUGUGUCGAUUUUCGUGCGUCGUGCCGGCCCCAAUUAUCAAGAAGGUUUGCGCAAGAUGCGCGAAUUCGGCUCCUCACUUGGCAUUCCAUUGCACGUGUUCGGUCCAGAGACGCAUAUGACUGCGAUUUGUGGCAUGGCGCUGGGUAAGCGACCCAUUCCACAAACCGCAGCAGCUGAAUUCGCGACGGCCAAUUUUCUACUGCCCGGAGGUCAGCAAGCACAAUCUGAACUGAAAACCGCUGAAAGUUCAGAUAGUAAUAAUGGCGGUAUAGGUUCAUCACCACACUCGAUUAAACUACCACCUAUUUCGGCAGAUGACUCUGUUACAAAUGACUCUGUGCACAACAAUGUCGCAAAUGCGCAUACGCGCAAAUUUUUCAGCAACAAAACGAAGGCUAUCGUCUGGGGUAUGCAACAACGGGCUGUACAAUCAAUGCUAGAUUUUGAUUUCAUUUGCAGACGUGAUGAACCGUCCGUUGUCGCAAUGGUAUACCCCUUCACCGGUGAUCAUAAGCAAAAGUACUACUGGGGUCACAAAGAGAUUCUAAUUCCAGUUUAUAAGAAAAUGUCGGACGCUGUUAAAAAUCACAAGGAAGUCGAUGUGAUGGUGAAUUUCGCCUCAUUGCGCUCAGCUUACGAAUCGACGUUGGAGGUAUUGGAAUUCCCCCAAAUACGCACAGUUGCUAUCAUUGCUGAAGGUAUACCCGAAAAUAUGACACGCAAACUAAUUUUUGAAGCCGACAAGAAGGGAGUUUCGAUCAUCGGGCCCGCUACUGUCGGUGGUGUUAAACCUGGUUGCUUCAAAAUUGGCAACACAGGCGGCAUGUUGGAUAACAUUUUGCACUCGAAACUCUAUCGGCCCGGCAGUGUGGCUUAUGUGUCGCGUUCCGGUGGCAUGUCCAACGAGUUGAAUAACAUAAUAUCAAAGGCCACCGAUGGUGUACUAGAAGGUAUAGCUAUUGGCGGCGAUCGCUACCCAGGUUCCACAUUUAUGGAUCACAUUUUGCGCUAUCAAGCCGAUCCAGAGGUUAAACUGAUUGUGUUGCUGGGCGAAGUGGGUGGCACUGAAGAGUAUGAAGUGUGCGCUGCACUCAAGGACGGGCGCAUAACAAAACCGUUAGUAGCGUGGUGUAUUGGAACCUGUGCUAGCAUGUUCACUUCCGAGGUGCAGUUUGGUCAUGCAGGCUCAUGCGCCAACUCAGAUCGCGAAACAGCAUGCGUUAAGAACAAUGCAUUGGCUGAGGCAAAAGCAUUUGUGCCCGCAUCUUUCGAUUCGCUGGGUGAUCUUAUUCAAGAAGUGUAUGCACAAUUGGUAAAAUCGGGACGCAUUGUACCUAAAGAGGAAGUACCACCACCCACUGUGCCAAUGGAUUACUCGUGGGCACGUGAAUUGGGUCUUAUCCGCAAACCUGCCUCUUUUAUGACGUCCAUUUGUGAUGAGCGCGGUCAAGAGUUAUUGUACGCUGGCAUGCCCAUCAGUGAGGUACUUAACAAGGAUGUCGGCAUCGGUGGUGUGGUAUCACUUCUAUGGUUCCAGCGCUGUCUGCCACCAUACGUGUGCAAGUUCUUCGAAAUGUGUCUAAUGGUGACGGCUGACCAUGGACCAGCGGUUUCAGGUGCACAUAACACGAUAGUGUGUGCGCGUGCUGGCAAAGACUUAGUCUCAUCCGUCGUCAGUGGUCUGUUGACAAUUGGUGAUCGUUUUGGUGGUGCUCUCGAUGGUUCGGCCCGGCAAUUUUCCGAGGCUUACGAUUCCAACUUGCAUCCCAUGGAUUUUGUGAAUCAAAUGCGCAAAGAUGGCAAACUUAUUUUGGGCAUUGGACAUCGAGUUAAAUCGAUUAACAACCCAGAUGUACGCGUGAAAAUCAUAAAAGAGUUUGUAUUGGAGAAUUUCCCGUCUUGCCCACUAUUGAGAUACGCGCUGGAAGUAGAAAAAAUCACAACAAACAAAAAGCCGAACUUGAUUUUGAAUGUAGAUGGUGUAAUUGCUACGAGUUUCGUGGACAUGUUGCGCAAUUGUGGUUCAUUUACGAGUGAGGAAGCUCAAGAGUACAUCAACAUCGGUGCGAUCAAUUCGCUGUUCGUGCUGGGACGUAGCAUAGGUUUCAUCGGCCAUUACAUGGAUCAGAAGCGGCUGAAGCAGGGUCUAUAUCGCCAUCCGUGGGAUGAUAUCUCGUACGUUAUGCCCGAGCAAUUCAAUUAAUUUUUCCGUGGAAUAAUUAACUUUAAUGAAAAGAUCUAUGGUAAAAACAAACAAAAAAUUGUGAAUUCUGAUGAUUAUUCCUACAUUAUCAAAAAGGAUAUGUACCUUCUUAUACAUAGCAACAAAUAUAGUGCAUAUAUAUUUAGUGAUAUGUUAAACAAAUACAAUGUAUUGCAAAUAUGCCACUCAAUUAAAAUCCUACAUUUAAACACACACUCCAAUAAGUUUAACUUAAAGUUGUUAACAUUUGAUGAAUAUUAAAAAUACAUAAAUUUCCAUUAUUUUCCAUAUUAAAACUGUUUUAAGUUUUGCAUUUAUUAAUUGUAUUUGCUUUUUUCGCUUUCUUCAUUAAUGUGUUUGUUAACUUGAUCUAAAAUAAUUUCCACACUUUUUUUUAUUAACUCUUUUUAUAUAUAAUAUUAUUUAAUUAGGAUCAAAUAUAUAAAUUAGCGGUACAACACUUUUAAUGUGUUAAGUAAUCUUGUUUUGGAACCUUCGGGGUCAUCAUUUGAUAUUGUACAAUAAUUUUAUAAGUUGGAGAUUAGAAUUGUAGAAAGACCGCAAUGAAAUUAAUCUAUAUAAACAAAAAUAAAUAACUUACAGCUAAAUGAAGGCAAUGAAUGUUUACGAAUGGCUUAUUAUAAAAAAAGAAAACAAUUAUAAAAUGAAAUUACCUAAAGUGGAUUUGUUUUGAAAUGAAAUAAAAGGCAGGAAUCUUCAAAAUUAUAUAAAUUAAUGCAUGUAUGUGUGUAGCCAGGGCACCUUGCACUUGUUUAAAAUAUAUUCAUUAUAGCGUCCAGUAAUACUAUGUCCAGCAAAUGAGAAUAUGGUGAAUAUUGCUAAUAUCAAGGGUAGAUAUUAAUUUAGGAAAUAGAAAUUGCUUUUCAGUGGGAUAGGUAAAUGACGAGAUAUAAACAAUAUGCAUACAUUGCUUGAAAAUGUUAAUAUAGUCACGGGAUAAAAUAUCCCCAAAACGUGUAACAUAUUACCUAAGUAAUAAUUAAAUUGUUCUUUUGCACUGAAUUUAUGCACGAAGUUUUCUAAACAUUUAGUUGUUAAAAAUAAAGAAAAAUUAAAUUGAUUCUUGCGCAAA